AUGUUGAUGCCAACGGCUGACCGACGAAAGAUUUACGAGAAAUUGUUCGAGGAUGGUGUUGCCAUCGCCAAGAAGGAUUUCCAGCUCAAAUCGCACCCAGAAAUCGAAGGAGUCAGAAACUUGUACGUGAUCAAGGCCUGCAGAGUAAGUUUUUGUUAUAUUGUUUGUUGUUUAGGUGGUUGGCAAGGAUGUGUGCAAAAUUUAAAAUUUUUUGAUAAAAAAAUAUGCUAUUUACCUUUUUUUGGAAGUAUUGCUGGGUUUUUUGAAGAGUUUGGCGUUUUUACUUACUGUAAAGCAAAAUCAAGUGUUGGUAUUAAGUGUGAGUGUACUAAGGAUCUAUAGAGUUAUAAAUUAGUAGUUUAAGUUGAUUUUGGUGAUUAUUACCAAGCUUUUUUGUACAACAAGUCUCAAAAAGGUAUGACAAUCACCGGAUAUUAUUGUCGGCAUUGAAGCGAUACCUAAAGCUUUUUUAUAUGUGUUGGGUCGUCUUUAAUGUUGUACAUUCAAACUAGAUUUAUAUACUUUAUAUUUUAUUAGGGUUAGCGUGAUAUUGAUGUAUAUAAUCUGCUUUGUUUUGUUUUAAAAGCUUUUAAGAAUAAGUAAUUUCUUGUUACCUCUUACUAACUUUUUGUCUAAUUGAAUUUAUUUCAGUCUUUGGCUUCUCGAGGAUACGCCAAGGAACAGUUCGCCUGGAAGCACUACUACUGGUACUUGACCGACGAAGGAAUCGAAUACCUCCGUGACUACCUCGGUUUGGCCGCUGACGUUAUCCCACUCACCCACAAGACCCCCAAGACUGGAGAAAUCCGUCAAGCUUUCGCCGAAAAGGCUGGCCGUGGUAAGUUAUUUUGAAUUUCGAUAUUGAACUAGGUACAAAUGGGGAAAAGUUUAGUUUUUUGAUGUUAUAUUAGUAUAGGCUAGUAUUGUUUGAGUACACAGUGAGUCUAUGGACAUUCUUGUAUUAAAAAAUUGAAUUUUUGCAAGAAAUAGCAUUGUAUAUCCUGCCGAUGAGCUAUAAGUGCUUUAAUUGGCGUGGAAAGCUCUGCAAAAACGUCAUUUUUGAAUUAGUUGCUAUUCUUUAUGGAUAAUAUAAAUUGUGUAAUUGAUUCAAAAUACAUUUAUGUACUUAAAAAUUAGUAUUACAGUACUAUAGCUUUAAAAUUAUUUUUACUGUUUUAAAAUGAGGAGUUAUGCGGAUUUUAGGGGUGGCUCUUAAAAUUUUUUUGAAAAAAGAGGUACAUUUUGAGUUAUAAUGAGAAUAGGCGUCGUAUAUCCUGCCGGUGAGCAAUAGUUGUGCUUUGAUUGGCGUGGAAAGCGGCGCAAAAUCAAAAUUUUUAAAUUAGUUGCUAUGUUUUACAUUUGAUGUAGCUCAUGUAAUUGAUUUGAAAGACAUUUAUACAUGUUCCGGAAAUUUAAUAACAAUAUUUAUUAGUCUGUUUCCACUUUGAAGCAAAUCAAACUUUACAAUCAUUUCAGGUGGAUUCCGUGGAGACUCUGACCGUGCCCAAUACCGUGAUAACAAAGUCACCGACGCCGGACCAGGCUCGCAACCCGUCAACUACCGUGGAGGAUUCGGCCGAGGUGGUGCUCCUCAAUAA